GAGUCAAAUAUCCAUGUUCUCUCGCACAAGAACAAGCUCUUGCUGAUGGUAGACUGCGAGCAGAAUGGACAGGAUCUACUAUGGCUAUACCAAGAACUCUCCAGGUCACAUCUAUGAGGUGUAGACCGCAGUACAAUGUGGCUCUGUCAUGCAAAUCCUUCAGCUGCACACGCCAUUCUUCAACGACGACGACGACCUUGCCGAAACAUAGCUGGUCACUUCAUCCAUCAAGUGCAGAUAUAGCUAAUGAUGAAGUUGCACGGCUUGCAGCUAGUCGUCGAAAGCCCCUGACGCUUGCAGAUUUACUCAAGCACGGGCGUCCUCCAUUGUCCAAGGACUCGCUUCUUGCUUCUGCAAAUUUUACCCUUUCCCUUCUUCCUGCUAGAUUAGCUUCUCGAAUCCAAGCGCUCCGAAACCUUCCGUUUAUUGUCGUGUCGAAUCCGCACGUCUCGAAGAUAUACGGCAAUUACCUACAUUCCUUGUCAACCCUUCUCCCGUACCAGAAGAGGCAGAUUACAAACUUGGAAGAGGAGGAACAAUUCUCAAAAGUGUUGGCGGAUCUGGUUCAUACGCACACGAACACCAUCCCCAUACUCGCGCGCGGAUUCCUCGAGUGCAAGAAAUACAUCAGCCCAGUGGAGGUGACUCAAUUCUUGGACACACAUUUACGAGCAAGGAUUGGUACUAGGUUGAUAGCCGAACAGCACCUGGCGCUUCAUUUUUCUUCGCAACCGGUCUGUGACAAAGGCGGAAGCGCGGCAGUCAAUGAGUCAGCUCCAUCCAACUACGUUGGCGUAAUUGACACGGCCUUGCAGCCGGCUCGUAUCAUCAAGAUAUGUGAAGACUUUGUUGGGGAGAUCUGCGAGCUGAAAUAUGGUGUCCGUCCGCGAGUACAAAUCGGUGGUCAGACUGACGCCGUGUUCGCGCACGUUCCGGUGCAUGUCGAAUAUAUAAUUACAGAACUGCUGAAAAACUCUUUUCGAGCGGUGGUCGAGUCUGGAAAUGACUACGAGCCUAUCGAGGUGACUAUUGCGGCAGCACCAGAUGUACCGGGCAACCACGUAUGGGAGUUUUUCGACCAGCCCCAAGGCACUCAGACCGGAUCAAAUGAUACAGACGUCGGUUUCCAGAUCCACAAUGAGAACGGGACAACAGAAUCGACCCGGGACUCUCUCCGCUACUCGACGCCUUCCUCGCAGAGUAUUACGAUCAGAAUCCGAGACCGAGGUGGUGGGAUCCCGCCGGAGAUAUUGCCGCAUAUAUGGUCGUAUAGCUUUACUACGUUUUCCGAAGACCACUUGUCGAAUUCUGAGAACAAUUAUAUUGAUGCUUUGAACGCCAUUUCAGCUAGCGGUGGCCAGUUGAGCAGCAUCGCGGGCCUGGGGUACGGCCUUCCGCUGAGCAGAGCUUAUGCGGAGUAUUUUGGGGGUAGCAUCGUUGUGCAGAGUCUUUGGGGCUGGGGCACGGAUGUGUAUUUGACCCUACAAGGAGUUGGAAAGAUCGAGUAAUUACUUAAUGUUGGCUAUCGAGCUAUUGAAUAUCAUACCUGUUCACAUUCAUGAUUGCUAUUUAUUUCCUGCAGAUUUGGCAUGGAGCUAAUACAUUAAUACUGCGCGCGCACAAUGUGUAUGUACGUAUCUUAUGGACCUAUACCACAGCACAAUAUUAUGCCAUUUUGGC